GCGAGCCCGGAAGGGCCCCGGACUCCGACAGCGGCUCGGACGCCCCCUCGGACGUGGGUCCCGGGAGCCCGGCUCCGGCCGCGGAGGCGGUGGAGGAGGAAAUGGCAGGUCCUAAUCAACUCUGCAUUCGCCGCUGGACUACCAAGCACGUAGCUGUGUGGCUGAAGGAUGAAGGCUUUUUUGAGUAUGUGGACAUUUUAUGCAAUAAGCACCGACUUGAUGGAAUCACAUUGCUAACAUUGACAGAAUAUGAUCUCCGAUCUCCUCCUCUGGAAAUCAAAGUCUUAGGGGACAUUAAAAGGCUAAUGCUCUCAGUCCGAAAAUUGCAGAAAAUACAUAUUGAUGUUUUAGAAGAGAUGGGCUACAACAGUGACAGUCCCAUGGGUUCCAUGACCCCUUUCAUCAGUACUCUUCAGAGUACGGACUGGCUCUGUAAUGGGGAGCUUUCACAUGACUGUGACAGCCCCAUCACUGACUUGAAUUCUGAUCAGUACCAGUACAUGAAUGGUAAAAACAAACAUUCUGUUCGAAGAUUGGACCCGGAGUACUGGAAGACCAUACUGAGUUGUAUAUAUGUUUUUAUAGUAUUUGGAUUUACAUCUUUCAUUAUGGUUAUAGUCCAUGAGCGAGUGCCUGACAUGCAGACCUAUCCACCACUCCCAGAUAUAUUCUUAGAUAGCGUUCCUAGAAUCCCAUGGGCCUUUGCUAUGACAGAAGUAUGUGGCAUGAUUCUGUGCUAUAUUUGGCUCCUGGUUCUUCUUCUUCACAAGCACAGGUCAAUACUUCUGCGAAGGCUCUGUAGUCUGAUGGGCACUGUUUUCUUGCUUCGCUGCUUUACCAUGUUUGUGACCUCCCUCUCCGUGCCAGGACAGCACCUGCAAUGUACUGGAAAGAUCUAUGGCAGUGUAUGGGAGAAAUUACACCGGGCCUUUGCCAUUUGGAGUGGCUUUGGUAUGACCCUAACUGGCGUUCACACAUGCGGAGAUUACAUGUUCAGCGGCCACACAGUCGUCCUUACUAUGCUAAAUUUCUUUGUCACUGAGUAUACGCCAAGAAGCUGGAAUUUCUUGCAUACUUUGUCCUGGGUUCUCAACCUCUUUGGAAUCUUCUUCAUCUUGGCUGCCCAUGAACAUUAUUCCAUUGAUGUGUUUAUUGCCUUUUAUAUAACAACAAGACUCUUUUUGUACUACCAUACUCUGGCCAAUACCAGAGCAUAUCAGCAGAGUAGGAGAGCAAGGAUUUGGUUUCCCAUGUUUUCUUUUUUUGAGUGCAAUGUUAAUGGCACAGUACCUAAUGAAUAUUGUUGGCCAUUUUCAAAACCAACAAUAAUGAAAAGACUAAUUGGAUGAAGACUGUAUCUUUGUAAUGAGUUCAUAACUAAAUAUACAGUAGUUGUUGAAAAUAACUUUGCUUUCUCCCCAUAGGUUGCUCCUGGAUGCUUUGCUUUUUGGCUUACCUGUUGACAAAGUAAAAUUUCCUGUUCUGAGAAAGGUUAUGAUUACAAAAAGCGAGAUUGAAGAAUCAAGAGUCCUUAUGUAGCUGUUUGAACAGGAAGCUUAAGUAGAUGUUUUCUGCCCCUUCUCUUUGGGAAGACUUAAUGUUGUGAUUGAAGUCAGGCUGUUACCUUUACUUGUUGAGUAUUUGCUUAUUGAACUUAAGCAAAUCAACUUAAGCAGUUUGCUGGUUGAGGAAUUUUUAUUGAUUUCCAGUACUCUAAUAAAGAAAUACUAUUUUUU